AUGGACUCUGCCGCAUCCCUGGCAGAAAAAGUCUUGGCAUCUACCAACUUUGACAAGGAGAAACCGGGCCCGGGUGAACGGGAAGGAGCUUGCAGCAGCCGUGUGGAGAAGCCGGGGCACAGUCGGGCUGCCCUGUGCGCUGAGGCGCGGCGGCCGGUCGAGGCGGGUCUCCCGCGAGUCUGCCGGCAGCCGCCGCGGACCUCAGGCAGCGCAACGCUCAGGCUGCCGCCGCCUGUCAAAGCCCGGCGCGGCCCGCUCGCUGCCCCGCCCCGCCUCGACCGGGUCCCGGAGGCCCCGCCCCCGCGCGCCAUUGGCCCCGCAGGGGCGGCCGCCGCGAGCCAGUGGCCGGAGCGGCUGUCUGGCAGUCGCGGCCCCGCCCCCGCCCCCCGGGGUGCAUCCCAGCUGGACACCGCGCGGGGGCUGCGGCGCCAGUGGAGGCGCGGAGCCUGUGCUGCUGAGGUGGAGCGGCCGCCGCGAGGUGAGAGGGGGCGGCCGGGCGGCCCAGCGACGCGGGAACUGGGGGCAGAGCAGAGACCGGGAGUCCCGGGCCCCGCUUUCCAGGAGAGCAGAUGGAAAGAGACCGGGCUCCGUGGGGAGAAGCCGGCGUGGAGACCCGGGCUGCUGGCGCUGCCGGGCGAACGGGCGCGCGGAGUGACCUCCCAGCUCCCGGGCGCGCACUGGCGGGGCUGUGUGGCCCACGUGGGGGCGGCGCACCGGCGCUGCGGCCUCCGUGCGGGCUCGCGAGUGUUGGGUUUCUCCGUCGUGCGUGGCAGCGUGUGUGUGUCGGAGUGCGUGUGA